AGACAGUUGAAAAAACAAGCAAGAAUCUCCGCCAUUUUGUUUCUUACAUAUUUUCUGAAAUUGAGAGAUUUUGUGAGUCUAGUAAAAACUGUAAUUUCUUAGAUAUUAAUAGAAACUUUCUUAAAAUAACUUCGGACGAUGUCUGACCGAAAACGCUUACUAGAUGAUCUCCGUGUAAUAGAUCUACGCGCCGAACUAGAGAAACGCAACUUAGACAAGAGUGGCGUUCGCGGUGUGCUCAUUAAACGGUUGGCAAAGCAUUUGGAGGAAGAGGGCCAUGAUCCGGAAACAUUCACGUUCGAAUUGAGCGGAACAGAGUCAUCGAAAACUCCUUCAAAAAGGUCAAAAAGGACAGAAAGUUCCGUAGAAGCGGGCGACGCAGACGAUACUCCAGCGUUGGAGGAUAUGAUAGUUCGAGAUACAGCCGGCGAAGAAGAACAAACUGACAAUAAGGAAGAAGAGGUUACCAAAAGCCCAACGAAACCUGACGUCAAAAUGGACGUGGAUCAAGCCGAAAAAGUAAACAGGAAACGCGAGAGCAAAGACGAGCCUGAAGCUACUCAAGCUAAGAAACAAUGUACUGACAAAGACCUUAAAAAUGAAGACAAAUUACUGGAGAGCAAUACAGAUGCUGAGGACAGCAUCAACUUAGAUAUAGGAGAUGAUGAACUUUUGAAUGAAGAGACUGACAGCACUGCUAAAAAUAAAAAAGAUGACGACGCAAGUGAGGAGCCUACGCCCGCCGCUGCCGCCGAGCCCGCGCCAGACUCUGCUGCACCCGACAACGCCGAAGCAAACCAACAAGUAACCUCCGAAGCCGCAGCCCCUAGCAAUGAUACUGAGAAAACUGAUAAGGAUGAAAAAGAUGAUAAAGACAAAGAUGGAGAUGAUAAAAAAGAAAAGAAGGAUGAUAGUAAGGAAGGAGGGGCUCGAAAUCUAUGGGUCAGUGGACUGUCAGGGGACACCAGAGCUAAAGAUCUGAAACAGCUGUGCAGCAAGCAUGGCAAGGUAAUUGGAGCUAAAGUGGUCACAAACGCGCGCACCCCGGGCUCGCGGUGCUUUGGCUAUGUGACCAUGGCCAGUGCUCAGGACGCUGAGAGUUGCAUCAAAAAUUUACAUAGAACAGAGCUUCAUGGUCGUAUGAUAUCUGUGGAGAAGGCGAAGUCAGAAUCGGAGUCGUCCACGCGCCGUCAGCUGUCGUCCGGACGGUCUGAUCGCCGCAGUAGUAAGGACAGAAAAGACGACUCCAAGGAAAGAAAUGACGAUAAGGAAGGCGUCGAGAAAAGUGGUGAACCAAAAGUAAAGAAAGAAGGCGACGUUUCUGGCGCCGAGAGCACCCGGUCGCAGUCUCGAGAAAAGUCGCAUCGCUCAGACAAGGAUAAAGCUAGGCGUAGCUCUCGGAGCCGCGAGACUAGACGCUCACCAGGGAGGGAUGUGCUGUCGUUCUCUCGGAUAUGGAAGGAGAGAGAUGUUGCUAGAGCGCGCGAACGUUCGCGAGCCGCUCGCGAAGAGGAGCGCCGGCGCCGCGCGGCCGAGGACGCGCUACGCGAACGCGAGCGCCGCCAACGGGUCGAGAAAAACCGUCUCGCUCUCGAACGAGAGAAACUGCGCGCUGAAAGAGAGAAAAUUGAAAGGGAAAAGAACGAGUUGUUACGCCUAGAGCGUGAAAGGCAUAGACUAGAAAGAGAAAAACUGGAACUGGAGAGAUUGGAGUUGAAGAGAGCACAAUUAAGAUUGGAAGAGGAGCGCCGCAAGCGCGGCUACGAGGGCAGCGGCGCGUACCGCAAGCCGGCCACGAGCCCACCGCCUGAGCCCGCCUACGAGCGCGACUCGCGCCACAAGCGGCCCCCGCCGCCGCCUAUGGCCUCAAAUCGCGGGCAGUUCGAGGCACCGCCGCCGCCACGCUUCGAGAUGACUACCAGCUACGACCGCGGCAACGACAAACGCGACCGCGAUCGCGACUACAAGCGCGACUACCCGCGACACGUCUCCUGUAAUAACAUGAAGUACCCUAGCAAUGGCAACACAAAUGAAGACACAAGGCAGUUGCCUCCUCCUGGCACUAGACUUAAAGAACCUAGCCGCUCGUACGACGCUCGAGAAGGCCGUUCGUACCGGCCCUCGCCGCCCGGCAAACCAGAGCCAAGAAAUUGGAAUGCUUCAAACCGGUACCCAGACGCAGCGGCGCCUUCCAAAGGUAUUAAAGGCGGCGCGAGCGGCGGCGGCGGCGCGGGCGGCGGCGGCGGCGAGGCGUGGGCGGGCGGCGAGGCGCGCUACGGCGGCGCGUACGAGGCGCGCUACCCGCCCGCCUACCCCGCGCCGCCGCCCGCCGCCGCCUACCCCGAGCGCUACCCCUCCGGCCGCGACUACCCGCGCAAAUACUGACCGCUCAUCAUACAAGAUACUCAAUGAGGUACAUUAAUGGGACUUCACUGAAAACUGCAAUUUUCACCAUGUUUGUGUUUUAGGUAUGCUAUUUAGUUAUUAAAUAAAUUAAUUUUUUCAUUCCCUUUAUUCUUCUAAACAAUGUAAUAUUGUAGAUAGUUGUAAAAUGCUAAGGAAAAAGAAUUUGCUGUCUCUAUAUUAUAUGAGAAAGCGUUAGGUUUAUGUGUUAUUUUAUAUCUUACAUUAGUUGUAUGAAAAUAUCAAAUGAUUGUAGCAAAUUAUUUUGCAAACAUUUGUAAUAUAUUUCAAAACAUUGAAUUUAAGUCAAGGAUUACUUGGUUUCAUUAAAA